GAAAAGAACAUCGUGGAAUUUCUCUCGUGGCUAUCCAUUUUUUUCUUGUUGUUGAUUGUUGAUCAUUGCUAAUUUGGUUUAUCUGUGAUAGUGGUAAUGUAACGAGUGUGUAAAGCUGAAGUUUUAUUUAUUGAAGUUGGAUCAACAGGCGGGUGGAGUGAUCUUUUCGAGGUUUCCGGUUUUCCUAAAAUGGUUGCCCAUCAAUAGAUUAGCAGAAGAAGAAAGAUUCAGAACUACCUGCUGCUGGUGACACAAGUGACAAUCUUAGACGAUCCUUCUUGGCGCAAACCGGUUUCGUAUCUCAUCUCAUCUUGAAGUUGAUUCAUUCUCUGAUACGGACGAUAUAGUUGCGGUUUACGAUGCUCUACGGUGAUCAUAAUAGCGCAGAACAACAUUCACGACUACGGGCUCGUGUCAUGUUGUGCUAGGUUCCGGUUUUUUUUUUUUCAAAAAAAAAAAAAGGUGCGCCACAACCGGCUUCUGAUAGCUGCCUCCAGCUGAUGCAUUUAGAUCUCCUACAACGACAAAAGAUUCUCGAAGUUUGACGAAUAUUUCCAUAUAGGUAGGACGAUCAAUCGCAGCCGGAGUGAGAACAGUGAUCAUUUAGCACACGCGUUAUGCCAACAAGAGAGUUGAAUCACAAAUGUUAAGAAUGAAUUGUUACGGAUUCAUGGCUAUAACGGUCAUUGUGUGUCUGUUUACGUUUUCAUUGAGCUUUAAAAUUAUAGGUGCCGACGAAUUGUACGAAAACGAUGCAUGUAAAAUGAGUGACGGCAGCGAUGGCACCUGCAGGCCCUCUCCCAUGUGUGAAUGGUUUGUGACAAAUGUGGCACGGAAGAAAUUGAUCCCGUACCGGUCCGUGGUUCGAUGUGGCUUCAACCGGGAUGACGAAAUCAUCUGCUGCCCGGUUGUGCCGAUGGUGAAAGCUACAACGGACAACAGUUUAGGUUCACGUGAUUCCGCACGCAAGUCAGUCAUAGCCUGUCGGAACUUUCAAAGCAGCGCUCAUUUGGCGAUCCACAUCGUCGGCGGGGAAGAGGCAGAUGAUGGCGAAACUCCCUUCAUUGCCGCACUUGGCUACGAAGGGAAUGAUGUGGGUCCCAGUGGUUAUUCAUGGGAAUGCGGAGCAAGUUUGAUUUCCUAUCGAUUUUUACUGACUGCUGCCCACUGUAUCAAACCACAUUAUAGACCGGUGAUAGCAAGGAUGGGAACGCUAAAAUUGGAACAUUCUGAACAUCCUGAUGGCAUCCAAGAUUCGAAGCUCAAGGCAUUCAUCUCCCACCCAGAAUAUACCGGUAAAAGUAAAUACAACGAUAUUGCUCUUAUUGAAGUUGCAACUCCAUUCAAAUAUGAUGACAAUGUAAAAAGAGCAUGUCUCCAUACAGCCACACAAGAUCUACCACCCUCGCAGACCUUAACAGCAUCUGGAUGGGGGCUGACAAACACUGAUGAAUCUCGGUCAAAUGUUCUGCUCAAGGUGCAGCUUAAAUCUGUCCCGAUUGACAAAUGUGACAAAGACUAUCGAGCGCAGCUGGGUUCCUACGGUGGAAAGCUUUCCGCUGGCGUGACCCGGACCCAGUACUGCGCAAUAGGCACCCGCACCAAGGACGGCCGAAUAGGGGACACCUGUCAGGGAGAUUCUGGAGGGCCGCUUCAUUACAGCAAGGAUGAUAGGUUCCACCUGGUCGGAGUCACGUCCUUCGGGCUAGGGUGCGGAGGGGCGGCAAGCAUUUACACUCGAGUAGCGGCAUUUGUGGAUUGGAUCGAACCCAUAGUUUGGCCAAAUAGUGCUCAAUUGCCGGACCCUGUAGAACAACGUCGAGCACCACCAAACAACAUAGAAGCGUACUAUUUAAAUACAAAAUCAGACGCCUCUCUGUUGUUUUUGCUGAGUUUAAGAUUAUUCGUACUACCGAGAAGAUCGCGGACGUGCAUUCUAGUAGAAAAACGAAAGACAGCAACAGGUUUUGUGCGCAAAAGUGUAGGAUUAGGAUUGGAUUGGAAUUGUCGUGAAUACUUGAAAAAAUUCUUCUCGUCCCACUUCACGGUGAAUCGUAAAUGGAAAACUGAUCCCGAAGUGGAAAAACCAAUUAUUCAAACGAUGACCUUUGCCCGAAGUUUGCGGCUACAUCUGGUUGCUGUUCUUAUCGCAACUCAUCUUUUGUUGGUGUCUUCUCAGCAACGUUUUCUAGACGAGGACGACGAAUGUACUCUUCGCGACGGAACUACCGGAAUCUGUACGAAAGUCUUCGACUGCGCCUGGUACAAUGAAACCGUUUUCAAACAGAAGCAAUACAACCAACGAGUCGGCUGCACGUUCUAUAAUAACAUCGAAAUAAUCUGCUGCAAAGUUGAAGAGAGCGAACCAUUGCCAGUCGGAGCUCGUGUUGAACUUGCCUGCAAUAAAUUGCCAACGGGUGGAAAUAGAUUGAUCUUUCAUGUCAUCGGAGGCGAGGAGGCCGAACCCGGAGAGUUCCCAUUUAUGGCCGCUUUGGGGUACGCUAAUGAAGCAACCGAAAUAGGAUACAACUAUCGGUGCGGUGCCAGUUUGAUCCACGAAAGGUUUCUUCUCACGGCAGCCCACUGUUUCAAUGAAGGCGAUUCGCCAAUAGUUGCCCGAUUGGGUACUAUUGAUCUGAAGGGUAAACUAGGUGUAUUGGUACGAAUAAAGAAACAUUAUCUACAUCCAGAAUAUAAAACCGGUAGCAGAUACAACGAUAUAGCUGUGGUAGAGCUUGACAGAGCUGUUGUUGGUGUUGAGGAUGUGAGCCCAAUUUGCCUGUACAACAAACUCGGGGACCUUCCGACCAGUGCUGAUAUGAAAGCAGAAGGGUUUGGAAUCGCAAACACUGAAGAUUUGACAACAUCGGACCUACUGUUGACAGUUGGACUGGCAACCGUUCCAAACAACGUAUGCAACGAAACAAUAGCAAGAGCCGGCCGACUAAGCGGUAGGAUAAGGAAAGGAAUCUUGUCCUCACAGCUCUGUGCGAAGGGGCAAAAAACGAAGGGCCAGUUUGGUGACACCUGCCAGGGAGAUUCUGGAGGCCCGCUGCAGAUUUUAGAAGACGGAAGAUAUAAACUUGUUGGAGUUACAUCGAUUGGAUUCGGGUGCGGGAGCGAACUACCGGGUCUCUAUACACGGGUGGCCCAUUACAUUGAGUGGAUUGAGGAAACCGUUUGGUCCCGUAGCAAUGUCUAGAGGAUCCAGUGAAAAAGACAUCGAUUGUGAUCUAUAAGUUUUUAUCACAGCAUUGUACAUUGAAAACGAACAAA